AUGAAUCAAGUCCAGCCUUCAUAUCAGAAUGGUACCUUUAACACACCAAAUAUAUCUAGUGGUGGAGAACAUUACUAUCAAGCAAAUGGUAUAGCGGAGACCAUUAUCCUUCCUUCUCUAAUUGGGGUUAUCUGUUCAGCAGGAUUAGUGGGCAAUGUCCUUGUUGUGCUCACUAUAAUCAGGUAUGACAACAAACAGGAGAUCAUCCCAGAAUCACUUUGUGGGGCUGAAAAUUAUAAUACAGAUGUCCCAAGGCAAAGGGAAGUGAGACUAACCAAAAUGGUGCUUGUUCUUGUCGGGGUGCUCACUUUACCAUUUGAUACAGUUGUGAAUCUUCAGAUAGCUCAGCCAACACCAACCUUUUACAUCAGCUACUACUUUUCCAUCUGCUUUAGCUAUGCCAGUGGCAGCAUUAAUCUUUCCCUGUACAUAAUGCUUAGUGGAAACAUUCAGAAGCAUUUAAGGCAGUGCAUACAUAUCAAGACAAAGAUGGCAGAUUGUGAUGUUAACAAUACUGAAAAUACCCUGAAAUCAAGUUUUUGAAAGGAUGGUCAUUUUUUAUUUAAAUAAA